CUUGCUCCUAAGUUCUAACUGUGAACGGCAUACUUAGCUAUACUUGAAGUGGCAACACCUGUGUAUACGGAGCACCGUUAUAUUAUCAUUUCCGGUUCUUGCCAAUACCGCUCAAUACCGGUUUCAAGACCUCAAUGAGCCCAAGGGGUGGUCACGACGAUGGUUCUGACGACGUACAGAUACUAUACGAGACUCAUGCUCAACCAUCGGAGCCUUUUAUGUGUCAGCUUUGUCGUCAAGACCUCACAAGCUUCACCGCCGAGCAAAGGGAAACGCACUAUUUCGAGAAACAUAAGAUGGAGUCUGACAAGCCAGCUAGCUAUCAUGCGAAGCCGGUCCGACCACGGAACAAGCUGACGUUCUCUACUAGUAUCCUCAAACCUGUAAAACAAAAAUAUAAGGAGUUGCUCAAGGAUACAGAGGAGGAUAUGUUCUGGUAUCCUUCGCAGUCACAAGAUCCACCUCCUAACUUUAGCCCUGGUCUGAUUACGGUACUCAAACAUGCGCUGAAGAGGUUACAUCAGAAAGGAACGACACGACGAGCAGUGCUGUGUUACGAACGGACUGUACAUGUUGGUCGAGAAUCAUUCGAUGCAGGUUGGGGUUGUGGUUAUCGCAAUUUCCUCAUGGCAUGCACCGCGCUCAUGGACCAACAGAAGCAGACACUCUACUCUUCCCUUCUAGAGGAACCAAUAUCGCCAGGUGUACGAAAUCUGCAGCUUUGGAUUGAAGGAGCAUGGCAAGCAGGUUAUGACAGAGCUGGAGCCAAGGAUUUAAAGCAUAAUCUUUGUGGUACGAAAAAGUUCAUCGGAACAGCGGAGCUUUACGUCGCGUUCACGUGUCGUGGUAUACCGUCGCAGCUAGUUGAUUUUGAUUUAAGGAAGUCACCUCGCGGUGUCGACGCGCUAACAAACUGGGUUGUGGAAUACUUCUCGCCGCAGAGCCAAAGGAAAUCUAACACUGUGGAUGAUAUUUUACGAGGAGCAUCACCAGUAAUUGCGACUGAUCGCAUGCCCUUGAUUCUGCAACACGAUGGCCACUCACGAACAAUAGUUGGUUAUGAACUAACAAAGAAUGGCACCGUCAACCUGCUUAUAUUUGAUCCCUCUCUUCUACCUAAAAAGACGCUACGCAAAACCGGCAUUUCUGCGCUUACGCCUCAUCGCUCUGCAUUUUCUGCUCAACAAUCGAACUCAGUAGCAUCGUCAUGCAUUAACUUGCUCCCACUGUCUAAACGCAAUAUAAGCAAGCAGAAGCGCAAGGCCUCACCGCCUUUUGAAGGCAACAAGGCCAAACGUUUGCGCUCGACGCCUGAUGGUGAUGACGAUGUUAUCAUAAUUGACGAAGACAUUUCGCAAGAAAAUGCGGGUACUAGCGCUACAGGGUCGUCACACAGCGAGCUCGAACUGGAUCCACAAGAUGUCGUCAAAUUCUUCAGGGUGAAUAACUCUAGACUCGGAAAAAAGGACCAGUACCAAAUUCUUUAUUUCCCUAUGGAGGAUCCCUGGGAUGAGAAGGAGCGGUCGUCAAGGAAGGAAGUGACGAGUACGAAAGUAUGUUAACCUUUCAGCAUCCGCAGACAGAGACCCGUGAUCUAUAUACAUCUACUAAUAAGUGACUAAUUCAUCUCGUUGCCUGCCUGUAUUUUCUUGGUGUCAAUUUGUUCUUCAUACAUAUACUAUAGCUACAAUUAUGAUUAUGAUGCAAUGGGCAAAAUUGUGAUUCUCACGU